AUGCUGUCGGCUGUGCACCACGUCUCCCUCAAAGGCGCCAUAGACUCCAUGCUGACAUGGACAAGUCUGAAAGUCAUCAAGCCCAAGCCUGCGGAUGAGCCCAAAUCACCGGGUGUCAAACCUAAGGACAUUUUCGACAUCGUAGUUACUCCGGACCGGAUUCCCAAAUUUUGCAUUCCUUCACUGGGAGUCGGGCACGUCAUUGUAGAGACUGACUCAGAAAAAGAAAAAGCAGGCUCAGGAGAGUCGGAGGAGCGAGAAAGUCUCUGUAAGAAGCAGUCGUUGCGAACUUUCGACAGUGAGCUGGAACACUCGGAUCCAGCCACCAGGGCUGCCCUCUCUCUACCCCACCUGACGAAGAUCACCACCCCGUAUGGCUUUCUUGCGCUUGGCGAAAGCCCCAACAUCAGACGGAAAGAGUCCCUGUUCUUCGAGUCAGACACCACUGACAUCACAGCGAUGUUGACCAAGAAGAAACGGAGCAAUUUUCUGUCCAGGAGUCGCUCGACCCCUCUGGCUGGGAGUAGACCGUCCCCCGACCCCGUUGAUCCUCCCGUGAAGACAAGUCGCUCCGUGUCCUGGGACGCCGUCUGUCAAGAGAGCCCAUCCCGACUCCAUCCCACAGUGGAGAAAAUGAAAACGCCCAAAUCUGACAAAAAGAAAUUUAAAACUCUAAUCAAAAAGCACAUCCGCAGCAUCAAACGAAUGCGGUCGGGAGGCGCGUCCACGACGAAGACAGCGAAUUAGACUGAAAAGGGCGCGUGACGUGACACAGACUCGCGUUCACGAAAGCCCAAAAAACGAGCAAGUCGAAGCUUCCUCCUGGCGUUCGGGCUGUCCCUGUCUAUCCUGAGCACUCUGGUCAGCGAACACAGCGAGGUCCGGUUUCAGUACCAAGGAGAGCGCCGCAUCUGCCACGCGCAAACGCCGGCAUGUACGCCGCUCUCGUGAACGCGAGUCUUCAGCUGUGAAGGAGGGAUGUCAUCCCCUGAGUGAUCCACUCGUGUUUGCUCGGUCACCCACACCGAAUGGGGCGGACCUCUUGCUUGAACCUCCUGGAAGGCCUGUUGAACAUCGUGCAUCAAGUUUCUAACAGCAGAUCCUUGUAUAAUGUGUUCUGAUAUCACCGGCAAAGUUCAUCACUUCAGACUCUAUCAGAGAUUGUAUUAUGAAUGUAUCAUCUGGUGAAAUAAAUAAGAAUGCUUUGACACUUUUUUCGUUUUCUGUUUGGACAGUAUACCUUUAAAUAUUCCAAAAUAAAAAAGGAAGAAUGUGUAAAUAGAGUAAAACUUUUGGAUUGCCUUAAUUUCAGUAGCGAA